GGGAGGGGAACGACCUGCUGUCACUUUCACACAAAUUGUCAGAAUUCCUCUUUUAAUAAAUUUGACAGUGUCGGUUUUCGUUACUGUCUCCAGCCAUUCAACAUGCCGCGUGAAAUCAAGGAUAUAAAAGAUUUUCUGCUGAAGGCGCGCAGGAAAGAUGCCAAAUCUGUCAAAAUAAAGAAGAACCCUGAAAAUGUGAAGUUCAAGGUUCGCUGCUCACGGUUCUUGUACACACUCGUCAUCACUGACAAGGAGAAGGCGGAGAAACUUAAGCAGAGCUUACCUCCGGGUCUCCAGGUUAAGGAAGUUAAAUGAUGUGACUAGGCAUAAUAUUCCAAUAAAAAACUAAAAUCCA